UGGAACAAAGUUUUGGAACGUGAGAGGAGAAAAGAACAAAACUAGGGAGAGGGCAGCACUGUGACAAAGAAGUAGAAUGGCAACCGAAGACCAGGCCAAGGAUGAGCUUCCGCAAGUGCUGGUUCUAGGUCCCCCUUUGAUAUUUCCAUAUCUAGAAUCCCAAUUCACAAACAGAUUCCAUUUCCUAAAACCAUGGCUUUCCAACCUCUCUCUAACUCAAUUCCUCACCUCUUAUACCCAAUCCACUCAAGCCUUGCUUAUCCGAGGCGGUGGCACUGCUCAACUCACCACCGCCAUUCUCGACUGCCUCCCCUCGCUCAAGCUCGUCGUCACUAGCAGCGUUGGUGUCGAUCACUUGUACUUGCCGGAAUUACACCGCCGUGGGGUGGCUAUUGCCCAUGCAAGAAACGUGUUCUCCGAAGAUGCCGCCGAUAUGGCGGUUGGAUUACUGAUCGACGUUCUUAGGAAAGUGUCGGCGGGAGAUCGGUUCGUGAGGCAAGGGCUUUGGCUUACGAAAGGCCAUUUUCCUUCCGGAUUAAAGCUGAGCGGCAAGCGAAUUGGGAUCGUUGGAUUGGGGAAAAUAGGCUCUGAAGUUGCCAAGAGGCUGGAAGGAUUUGGCUGCAAAAUCUCAUAUAACUCAAGGAUCAAAAAGUCAAAGGCACCAUAUUCCUACUAUUCCAACGUAUAUGAACUUGCAGCCAACUGUGAAGUACUCAUAAUUUGUUGUGCUUUGACUGAAGAAACCUACCAUAUAAUUAACAAGGAGGUGAUGGUUGCAUUAGGAAAAGAUGGAGUGAUAGUGAAUAUCGGUCGUGGUGCGAUCAUCGACGAAAAGGAGAUGAUCCGCCGUUUGAUUCAAGGGGAGAUUGGUGGAGCUGGACUGGAUGUGUUUGAGAAUGAACCUGUAAUAGCUGAAGAGUUUUUAAAUCUGGAUAAUGUUGUAUUGUCACCACAUGCUGCUGCUAUGACAUAUGAAUCUUCAAUGGAAGUGUGUAGGUUGGUGGUAGAUAACUUGGAGGCAUUCUUCUCAAACAAACCUCUUGUGUCUCCCUUUGUGGAUUAGUUGGUUCAGAAAGGGGGGGAAGUUUCUACAGAUUCUAUCUCAAUUUGGGUGAAAAUAAAGCUCUUUAAAUGCGGAAUCGUGCUGCUGGGGUUAUCAUUUCCAGCAAGGAGCAUUUCUUCAAAAGCACUUUGGGGAACUACUUGUUAGAUAUUUUUUGUGUAGCGAAAGAAACAAUUAUAUAGAUUAAAUCCAUGGUUAGAAACUUCAAAUUGAAUCGAAACCAUAAAACUAGAUUAUGUUUCAUGUAUAAAUUUAACAUAUAUGAAAGUUAAAUUUGUAAUUUUUUUCGAUUU